GUAACUCAUGUGACUGCUAGUAACUUGAACCCUUAGGCCAACUUGUCCUUCACUUGUCAACAGAAGCAGAACCCCUUUCAAAUAAUCAAUCAAAGUUUAAACACACGACGCCUUGAGCCCACACCCCAACCCCACGCCCUGAUACCCCAAGUCUAAACGCACAAACGCCUCAGGCCUGAGGCCUGGCUGAGGCUCCCCAACCCCACGCUUCAACUUCCCAAACCCAAAGUCCAAUUCUCAUGGCUGAAAUGAGUAUACCAGCACGCGUUAGCACAUACGAAGCAAUCACUCGCAUUCUCACAUUUGUUACAAAGUCACCUCAUCUUGAAAUAUAUAUCAUACACUACCAGGGACUACGUACACAGCAAUCUUCAACAUGACUGAGCAGCUCCCCCCAUAUACUACACUUCUUCAGCCAGAGCCUGAAUCACCGCAGUAUACUCUUCCAGAGACCUUUAAUAUUGGACGAUGCAGCACACAGCACCUCAUCCGCCCAGAUCAGCUUAAGGCUCAUCUUCAGCUUUUGGCAGCGUUCAGCCACCUUAAGCAACGGGUCGUUGCCAGUGACAGCCUGAUCGAGGGAUUAGAGUCGGACAGCGAGGAACGGUGGGUAUGGUUCGUCAAUUUGGCUGUCGAACGGUUUGAGAGGUGGUGUUUGACAAUCAAGCAAACUGAUAUAGUGGAGCAACGUUUGCCUCCUAUUGAUGUCACUAUGGUGUGGCACACAUAUCUCCUUAAUCCGAGUUGGUAUGCUGAAGACACCACGCGGAUCUCCAAGCUCAAACCCCUCGCUCAUUUCACUGAUUACUUUCCUAACCUUCUCGCUAACCCUGAUCUAUUAACCACUGACGCACCGCAACAUGAAUGCAUCUCUGCUUGGGAGCGCAGUACCAAACUACCCUAUGAUCCAUUCGCAUCUGCCGUAGAUCUCACGCACAAAUCUAUAGAGUGCCCUCGCUGUCAUCGCACUAUUCUUUCGCCGUACUUGCAGUCCAACGAGAAGGGAUAUGCUCAGAGCAACUUUAGCAUCGAAUGUGAAUGUGCUCAGCCGAUUACUAAAGAACUUCUCGGCCUUUACAAGUUUGCGAAAAACAUUGUCGAACCAACAGCGCCUGAUACAUAUUUGGCUGGAACUCUUCAUACACCACUUCACGCCUGUGACACUGCACGCGGAGACACAAUCAAGAAGCGUGUCCUUGACUUGAAUAUCAUUUUUCAGAAGAACGAGGCAAGUGAUCGCGCUCGCCAAAUUCUGAUAAAUGUCCGGUAUGACGCUGGGCGCAUGCGUAGUGUGCUGAACAAGCAUUUGAAGCCAAGAUUGCUGAAUAAGAUCAUGGGUGCCUACACGGACGAUAGAGUGUUUUCACUUGACUUGGUCGGUGCUGUCCUCCGGCAAGCCUCGUUUGUGAAGAAGAUGGUCAACCUUAGGUGGACCGAGCCAGGAUAUUUUGCUAACGAGGUGGACGCAGUGGCACUGCAACAUUGCGUGGCUCGGUAUCACGCUUUUUUGAACAUCAUGGCAGAGUCACCUGCCUCAUUCUUUGUGCCCACGCUCGACAUCGAUCUAGGGUGGCACACUCAUCAACUCAUGGCGAGUCGAUAUCAAAACGACUGUCUUUCACUUGUAGGACGAUAUGUUGAUCACGACGAUAAAGUGGAUAAAGGUCAACUCACGAGCUCCUUCGACCUCACCUGUCGUGCUUGGAACGACCGUUAUCAAGUGCCCUACAUGCACUGUGGGUGUCCAUUGCCAGGAGACACAAUCGGCCAGAAGCUCCGACGCCUCCUCUCCUCUCGUUGUCAAACUACCAACAACGUGCCUCUACUCCCUCUCAAAUUUGACGCACAUGCUGCCACGCACCCGAGCGAUCACAACGCCGUGUCUGCCCUGCGGAACAUGUCCGCAAGCCUCCCUCGCCCGAAGAAUCGCCGUGCGCGCAAGGCAGAGAUGCGGAGGCUACGAGCAGAGCGAAACGGGAGGCCUGUGGAGAAGGAUGGGGGUGUUGAUAAUGGGAUUCCAUUUUUAUAUCCUGUGCCGAUGUUUUAUUACUACCUUUGUGGAUGCGUUGCUGCUGCUGGAGCGGUGGUGAAUGGAUGUAUGCGGUGUGCCGAGGUGGGUAUCGUUGAGACCGGGUCCGGUGCUGGUGGGACGCAAUGUGGUGGUGGUUGUGGUGGUGGUUGCUCCUCUUGUGGUGGUGGUUGUUCUUCUUGUGGUGGUGGUUGUUCCUCUUGUGGUAGUGGUUGUUCUUCUUGUGGUGGUGGUUGUUCUUCCUGUGGUGGUGGUUGUGGAGGCGGUUGUGGAGGCGGUUGUGGAGGCGGCGUGUAA